UGAUUUUUAAUUUCUAAUCUUUUCCAGUGUUGAUUAAUUUUCUUUUAUGGUAACAAUUGAUUGAUUUCUCUUUUGUUUCAAUUUUUUCUUUUUAAUCAUUUUUGGAGUUUAGAGUAAAUUAUUGAGAGAGACAAUGUAAGUGAUUGGUUCUUUUUUCGUUUCGGUUUCUAUGGAUGAAAAAAAUGGAGAAGAUAAGUGAAAGAACAACAAUGCAAACAAGACAAACCCAAAUUGAAGAAGAAGAUGAAGACAAGAAGGAGUAUUUUCUUUCUCUCUCUCUCUCUCUUUGCACAUAAAUUGGAAUCAACAGCAUCACUAUUGAUAUAACCUCACCAUCUCUCCCACGCAUUGACCUUUUGGCCUGACAAGUUUCAUUUUUGGGUCGAAGCUCCUUCGCCACCCAGAUACAGUGUAUUAACCUCUUUAAACUCUCUGCUUAUAUAUACACAGUUCUACCGACAUUUUAACCAUUAGAACAUCAUGGCUUCUUCUAAGCGAUUUGAAGAUCUAAAAGAUGAUUAUUAUUCUGUGAAAGAAAAAAUUACCAAUCGAUUGAGACAAAGAAUAAGUGAAGGAGUUUUGAAUAAUAUGUUCACUGAAGGUGAUCGAAUAUUAGAUUCAAUGAAAAGGGAAGUUGAUCAAUCACCAAGUCUAGUAAAAACUGAGAUGAACUCUAAUUGGGCAACAAUCAACGGUGAAUGGGCUAAGUUUAAAACUAUCGCUCGAACCAAUCCUGGUACUUUAAUCGGUGGACCUUCAAUUGAACCAUCGACAUCUAAUCCAAUCGAUUUUGAGACAAACUUAAAGGUUACCAAAGGGAUACAAAUUUUACAGAAAACUGGAGCGUCUUUAACUCGAGCUCAAAUGAUUGCCAAAGAAAGUGAGAACAUUGGAACUGAGGUGAUCGCAGAAUGCCAACAACGGGAAACAUUAACUCGAGCCAGAGAACGACUUGAUGAAACUGGCUACCAAUUGAAAAGAGUCCAUGUAAUCCUAAGAAGUAUUAAUCGACGAGUGAUCACUAAUAAGUGUCUCUUAAUUGUUAUAAUUGCCAUCGAGAUGGCGAUAUUAGCUUGCCUUAUUUUUUGGAAAUUUUUUAGAUAAUUUAGACUCAAAAUCAAUCAGAUUGAUACUGAUCAAUUUUCCGUUACUAAUUCAACUUUCCAAUUGUGAUCUCAAUCAAAUAUUUACAUACAUAUUUAACCAAAUGUUAUAUUUUAUCAUCAACUGAUUGCUGUCACAAAACAAUCAAGAAACAGAUUAUGAUUAUAUUUCAAAUUAUCUGCUAUUUACAUUCAAAAACAAAAAAGAUUGAAACUUUUGUUUAAUUGUUGAGAUGACCAUUAACUAAUCAAUUUAUAUUUACACUUAUUAAUUCACAACUUUCUUAACCAACUUGUGAUUAAAUAAUCGACAAAAUCAAUGAUUUAAUAAAUCAAUUGAAAAAUUAAACUUACCUUGAAUCUUAA